UAAUAUAGGUCUUUGGUAUAGCAAAUCGGGUACACUUUAACACCCCGAGUUAAAAUGCAAUACCCUCGAUAUGUACUGUAUAGUAUUGGAUUUUAACAAUUACCAAAUACCGUGAAGUGCCUAUGAUACAAACGUCGUGUUGUUCCACCCUCGAGCUCCCAUACUAUAUGUAUGUAUGUCAGCGACGAUGGCCAGUGUUAUCAUAUAAAGGACGACAUUACCUACAUAGGAAGAUAGUAUCUACAGAUAGCAAUGGCGGAACCAACACCUAACACUGUUGUCAUCAAAACCAAGGAGAUGCAUACAGGCGGAGAACCCUUAAGGAUAGUCGAGUCUGGAUUCCCUGUUCCAAAGGGCGACACCAUAUUGGAUAAGAUUCGCUACACCCGGGAACAUCUCGACCCUUACAGGAAAUUACUGAUGAGCGAACCUCGCGGCCAUCGUGACAUGUUUGGCGCGUUGUUGGUAGAGCCGGAUGACAAGGACGCCGACCUGGCCACAAUGUUUAUACAUAACGCGGGCUAUAGUACGAUGUGUGGACACGCAGUUAUCGCCCUUGGACGAUAUGCCGUAGAUUCGGGAUUAGUCCGGAACCCUUCCAGUCCGGAGACCCGCGUGGCGAUCCAGUGUCCAUGCGGACUGGUGGAGGCGUUCGUGGAGUAUAAAGGUGGAAAGACCGGAAACGUCCGAUUCAACAGUGUCCCGGCUUUUGUCUUCGCAACAGGUGUGUCCGUGGAUGUUCCGGGUUACGGAUGUAUCGUAGCAGACAUCGUAUACGGAGGGGCGUUCUUUGCCUUUGUGCCCGACACUCAGUACAACUUCCGGUUAGGAGACGUAGCCCCUGACGUCAUCAGGAGUGCGGCAGCGGCCACGACGGACGCUCUAAAGAAGCAGUUAAAACUAAGCCACCCGGAGAGUGACGAUUUGGCCUUUCUGUAUGGGACCAUCGUAACGGAUGGACAAGACGAUCGAGCUGACAUCCCGUCAACACAUGUUUGUGUGUUUGCAGAGAAACAGUUUGACAGAUCUCCCUGUGGGUCCGGUACGACUGCCAGAGUGGCGCUUCUGUACCACAAAGGGUUCGUCCAGCUCGGCCAGUCCAGGACUUUCAGGAGCCAUAUUCAAUCCGAGUUCCAGGCAAAACCAGUACAGGAAGUAACGUGGGGCGGAUACAAAGCGGUAGUCAUUGAAGUUUCCGGGAAGGGGUACUACAGCGGUUCUUCCGAGUUUUCCUUGGAGGAAGAUGACGUCAUAGGGAGGGGGUUUCUAUUGUAAUUUUAUAAGGAGAGUUACGGUAUUGAGAAUUUUAGGAGAUAUGUAAAUUGGUUUAUACAUAAGAAAUGUUGAUAUGUACAUGUUUAUCCGUAUAUUUACAAUCUUAUUGACAUUAUCUGUUCGGACGUUACAUCAGAGACAUAUAUACAGAGGAUACAGCUUCAGAUGUGGAGGUAGAACAGGUAUUUAGGGUACGUCCAGGAUCAUCAUCCAUACCGAUAAUCGUCGGGGACGUCCCAAUCACAGCAAGGAUGGACUCUGGAGCAGAGAUAACUAUUCUGUAUAUAUGUCUCUGGUUACAUGCAGUAACUAAUGCCAAGAACAUGCUAUUUUAAUCAGGCGAUGGACAUUUAAGGAGACGGUUUUACAUAAGCUCUAAGCUUGUUAACUCAAAUCCUCUUGUACACGUUUGAUUUAUUGUAUUGUACAACUUGUUAUCAAAUAAGAUAUUGUUUAACUAACCACCGGCGACCAGAUCAGCAAUACAAUUAUUGGGAUAUAACUUAUCACUUAUCGGCAGAAACCGUGAGGGGAGAGUGGUUAAGGUGUCCCGACACUUUAUCACUAGCCCUCCGAAACCUACGUGGGGCAGUUGCCAGGUACUGACCGUAGGCCGGUGGUUUUUCUCCGGG